GUGAGUUAACAACACCAAUUCAACUGUUUGUGGUUGAAUUAAUGUUUUUUCUUAAACUGACAUUAUUUCAACAACAUUUAAACGUUUAAUGUCAGUUAAAUUCCAGCUGGGAAGAGAAGACUGAGCAGAUAUUGUCUCAUCAUGGCAGAAAGUUCAGACAUGGAGCAGCUCCUCACGGCGUUCAGAAAGUUUUCUGUUUACGGAGACUCGAAGUCAACCGGAAAGGAGCUGAACGGGAAGACCUGGGCAAAACUCUGCAAAGACUGCAAGAUUAUCGAUGGCAAGAACGUCACCAGUACUGAUGUGGACAUUGUCUUCUCUAAAGUGAAACAGAGGACAGCCCGGGUUAUCACCUAUGAGGAGUUUCAGCGAGCGCUUGAAGAACUAGCUCCAAAGAGGUUUAAAGGUCAAAGUAAAGAGGAGGCACUGCAGUCCAUCCACAAGCUGGUGGAGGGUCGAGAACCCACCAAUGUUGGAGUGACGAAAGUGGCGAAGGCCCCGACGGUGGACCGUCUGACUGACACGUCCCGUUACACCGGAUCCCACAAGGAGCGCUUUGAUGAAAGCGGCCGGGGAAAAGGUCUCGAAGGCCGAGAAGAGAUCGUGGAGACAACGGGCUACGUGAACGCCUACAAGAACUCCGGGACAUAUGACGCCAAAGUGAAGACUGAGAAGGGGUCACCCCCUGCUGGAAGCUCAGAGGAAGUGCAGUUCUCCUGCAGCGGCACUUCGAUUGGACCAAAGCCUGAACUGUGAUCAUGUGUGUGUUUCAGUUUAUGAGCUGCACUCAGAUCACAUUCUCUGUAAACACAUGAAUAAAGAGAAGCGCCCCCCUAUGGCUGGAGCAGUUAUCACAUAA